GAACUUGAUUUAGAGUAUCUUUGAGCUUCGCCGGAGUUUCGCCGGAGUUGGUCAAAGUUGGCCGGAGUUGGUCAAAGUUCGCCAAAGUUCAACCGGGAAGUGUAGAACGCGCUUAAGCUCACUUAAGUUUCAGGUCGGGAUUAAAGCUUGCCGCUACCGCCCGUUGUAUCGGAGAAUUCAAGAGAAGAAGACGUGGUUCGUGCUUCUUCUGUUUCUGUUUUGAAAACGAUUUAAACCAUGCUCAUGGAUAUUAUUUUUCUUUAAUAUGUAUUUAGGGCUUGUAUGCCCAUGUUGCCAAAGUGUGGCGUGCACUUUGUAUUGAAUAUUUCCGCUGCUUUAAAUGAUUAUUUUACAUUAUGUUGUUUAUGGAUGUACUAUGUGUGAAUGGUAUUCAAGACGCCUAGUAUAGUAUGGAUGAGUUGGACUGCGGUUGACUAUUCGUACUGUACGGCGGGUUGUUGACGUGUCCGGUAGGUCCGGGGCGUGACAAUUUAAUUGGUAUCAGAGCCUUAGUCCGUAAACUUCAUAAUGAAGCUUCAAAAUUCCUUUUGAAAAAAAAAAAUUUGAAAACCAUGAGCAUAAAGUUUUGUACUUAUAGAACUUUUGAUACUUGAGUUGCAAAGUCUCUAAUUGUUAAGAUGGUACCCUUAACAAUUGGCAUGGCGGUGAUUUGAGCCAAAAGAUGUCCCUAAGUACCUAUCCGUCACUUGACAUUUGAUACGAGUCUAACGGCUCAUUCUAAACUUCUUUCAGAAAUGGAGCCAAUUGGAAGGAUCACGAGGAGGAACCCGAUGGGCCGUGUACCGGGUGGGUCCGAACGCGGCAGUCGGGGGUCCACUAGGGUGUCCAGGGGAAGGGGCCGUGGAGGCCAACAACAAACCGUGAGCGAUGGCCACGUGGACACUGAGAGUGAGACUUAUUGGUCCUAUGAGGACUCAACCUAUAGGCCGGAAACCGAGCCGGUGGAGACCCCAUAUGAUGGGGAAGAUGACGAUGUAAGUGAAGAGAGUGAAGACGAUGGCACUCUUGGGAGGAUCGAGGCGCUGCUCCAACAAUACCACUGGGAGCGCGAAGAGAGGAGACAACGCCGAAGGCGCCGAACGGGGCAACCUUCG